UCAUGAGCGUCCUGCGAUCCCGGCGAUAUCGUUUUCGCAUUCGCGUAAAAACUACUUGGCGCCGAAGUCGUUUCGAUCUAUAAAUAGAUCUUGAUCCGCCGAACAGCGGUUUAUUUUCAUCGCUCAAUAGCCGCGAUAGCGAUCAUCGCCCGAAAGCAUCGAUCCACCAAGAAAAGCCAACGACUUACGCACGUGGAAUCUUGGACGGAGGAGCGAGCAUGACAACCCCAUGGAAUCGAAGAAUUUACGGCGAAUUUUCGUAAUGACCGGAUCCCAAGUGAAAGACCUGAGUGAUCGGUCAGGAUAGACGUAAUGUCGCUCGGAAUUAUCUCAGAAAGUCAACCGAAAUGAUGAGGAAUAAAUCAAAGGGAAGCGUCAUCGACGACGUUUGUGGUUGCUCCGCUCUUUCGUCGAUCAUUCAAAGAAAGAACCUCAACUCCACUUCAGCUGCUUUCAUGCACGUACGUGACAAUAUUGAGGAACUGGGUAAAGUCGCCGACGACACAGACCUGCUGUUCCUGAAGGGUCUCCUCGACAGUCCGGUCGUCACGUCCCUUGUAAAGGUCCAGGAGCGUCUGGAAGACCCGCCGGUGCCCGUGGAACCGGUAUGCUCGUCCGUUUGUGACAUCGUUGACGAAGUGUGUCACGCCUUCCAAACCUCCAGAAACUCAUAUGCUAAGGAACUGGUGAAUCUUCUCGGCAAUUCGCAUCUAAGAGCGCUCUUGGAGACGCACGACGCAGUUGUGGAACGCAAGGAAGCGUCUUCUAAAGCGAUUUCUCCCUUAGUGGCAAUGCCAACGAACAAGAAGGAAGCGAUGCCUAUCAGGGUGGUUGGUCUUAGGAGACAACCAGACGAGCCUUUGGGUCUGACAGUACAAGUCGAUGAAUCUGGGAAUAUGAUUAUUGCCAGAAUUCUUGGCGGCAGCACGGCGGCUCGUCAAGAGCUUCUGAGGAUAGGUGAAGUAAUACUCGAGGUCAAUGGCAAAACAGUUCGAAGUCCGGAAGAACUCCAGCAAGCGAUUCAGGAAGCCAAAGAGAAUCUAUCUCUGAAACUGGCUCCAGGUAUCGCUACUGAUGCGAAUCGACUUCUCAAAUCCACGUGCUACAUGAGAGCUCUUUUCGAUUACGAUCCAUCGGAGGACACGCUUCUACCUUGUAGAGAAAUUGGCUUACCUUUCCAAAAAGGCGAUAUCCUCCAAAUUGUCGACCAAGCUGAUCCGAAUUGGUGGCAGGCGCGAAGAGUGGAGGGCGAAAGUCUCGGAUCGCCCGGACUGAUACCUUCGUUGGAAUUGGAAGAGCGCAGAAAAGCCUUCGUGCCGCCCGAGGCCGACUUUGUUCACAAGAUCAGUAUUUGCGGCACCAGGAUAUCCAAGAAGAAAAAAAGGAAGAUGUAUCAAUCUAAAUCGAACGGCGAGUUCGAUGCUGCCGAGCUGCUUUUGUACGAAGAAGUCGCCCGAAUGCCGCCAUUUCGACGCAAGACCUUAGCCCUGGUCGGGCCACGCGGCGUAGGUCGACGAACUCUGAAAAAUAGGUUGAUCAAUAGCGAUCCUGAGAAAUUUGGCACUAUCGUACCCUACACAUCGAGACCACCUAGAGUUCUCGAGGAGGACGGCAAAAGCUAUUGGUUUACCGAUCGCGAGUCAAUGGAGACUGACAUCAGGGAGCACAGAUUCUUGGAGCAUGGUGAACACGGUGGACAUUUGUAUGGUACGAAAUUGGAUUCUGUGCGGGAACUGAUAAGAGCCGGCAAGAUGUGCGUAUUGGAUUGCAGCCCAGCCGCGCUCAAGAUCCUCCAUAACAGUACCGAGUUCAUGCCUUAUGUUAUAUUCAUCGCGGCGCCCGGAAUGGAGCAGUUGAAGUCUUUAUAUGAUCUUGGAAGGUCGACCGGUGCCAGCAGUCGGAAUCUAACGUUCGACCGCCAGAGUUCCAUCAGAUACAGUUCGAGAAGAGCCAGGACAUUGGAAUCCCUCGCGUCUUUGUACGAGGAGGAUGAUUUGAGAUCCACGUUGGAGGAAUCCGCAGCCUUACAGAGAGCUUACGAGAAAUACAUCGAUCUGGUGAUCGUGAAUGAAGAUUUUGACAAUACGUUUAGGCAGGUGGUUGCAGCUUUGGAUGCCUUAGCUACGGAGCAUCAAUGGGUGCCAGUCAAUUGGAUUUACUAAUUGGUUUUCGAAUGCAGCAUUCAAUGUAACAGAAUAGAGAGUUGAAAGAGUUGUGUGCCAGUUUUACGCGUGAAUAAACGAAGGAUUUAUUACUG